CGCCCUCGCGGCGGUCGGAGCCCUGUCAGUGCCGGCAAUGGCCGUGGCUCUGGCCCUGGGAUUGUAAAUUGGCGACUAAAGCUCCCGACGCGGCCACGGUCCCGAUGGCGGCGGAGGCGGCGACCCUGGCUGCGGCCGACCCGCCUCCCGCGAUACCGCAGGCGGCAGGAGCCGCAGCGCCCACCGCCCGCGGAGACUUCUACUGGCUGCGCUCCUUCCUGGCCGGAGGUAUUGCAGGAUGCUGUGCUAAAACAACAGUUGCUCCUCUGGAUCGAGUAAAAGUUUUAUUACAAGCUCACAAUCAUCAUUACAAACAUUUAGGAGUAUUUUCUACAUUGCGUGCAGUUCCCCAAAAGGAGGGAUACCUUGGAUUGUAUAAAGGGAAUGGCGCAAUGAUGAUUCGAAUCUUUCCCUAUGGGGCAAUCCAGUUUAUGGCGUUUGAGCACUACAAAACGUUCAUUACUACAAAGCUGGGAAUUUCUGGUCAUGUGCACAGAUUAAUGGCUGGAUCCAUGGCAGGUAUGACAGCAGUUAUCUGUACUUACCCUCUUGACAUGGUUAGAGUUCGCCUAGCAUUCCAGGUGAAAGGGGAACACACUUACACAGGAAUUAUUCAUGCAUUCAAAACAAUUUAUGCAAAGGAAGGCGGUUUCCUUGGAUUUUACAGAGGCUUGAUGCCUACUAUAUUAGGAAUGGCUCCAUAUGCAGGUGUUUCAUUUUUUACUUUUGGUACCUUAAAGAGUGUUGGGCUUUCCCAUGCUCCUACCCUUCUUGGCAGACCUUCAUCAGACAAUCCUAAUGUCUUAGUUUUGAAAACUCACAUAAACUUACUUUGUGGUGGUGUUGCUGGAGCAAUAGCACAGACAAUAUCCUACCCAUUUGAUGUAACUCGUAGGCGAAUGCAAUUAGGAACUGUUCUUCCAGAAUUUGAAAAGUGCCUUACCAUGCGGGAGACUAUGAAAUAUGUCUACGGACACCAUGGAAUUCGGAGAGGAUUAUAUCGUGGCUUAUCUCUGAACUACAUUCGCUGCAUUCCCUCUCAAGCAGUGGCUUUUACAACAUAUGAACUCAUGAAGCAGUUUUUUCACCUCAACUGAAGAAAAAUCGUGAUUUCCUCUCCUUAGUAAAUUCUCAGAGGGAGAAAUAAAAUGUUAGUUUAAUUUGGGGGAGAACAUUACUUGAAGAGGGACUUUACCCUCUCACAGGAACCACUGGUAUUUUAGUACUUGAUUUUUUUACUCAUUACAAAUCAAAAGUGCUUACUAUACCUUUUGAUGCCAAAAGUUACAGCACAGAACAUUGAAAAAAUUUCCUAAACUGAUGCUGGCUAAUCAGUUAGGUUAUUUGAAAGUGUUAUUUGUAAGUAGAACUAACUUAAAAUGGGACUCAAGAGGUUGUCAUUAGCUGUAUCAUGCUGUUCCAAGCUUUUCAUUGUAAUCAUGAUUUUCAAAGACUCUAACAUUGUUUAUUAUUAUUACAACAAACAGGCUUUGCAGUAGAAUAAUGAAAACUGAACUUUUAAGUUUUAUAAUAAGCUGUAGCUUAGAAGCCGGCAUGGAAAUAUUAUUCUUAUUAUUUCUCUUCUUAUAAUUCUGCUCCACUGGAUAAAAGGACAAAUUUUUUCUCUUCACUUUUUCAAAAAGCAAACAUUGUAUUUAAAAAGUAGCCAUGUAGAGACUCAACAAGUGAAGAAUUUUUCAGGUAUUGCUGAAAUGUUAUUACCAGAUACUAUGACUGAUUUAAAUAUUUUUAAAAGUCAGUGUAUUUCCCAAAGGUAGUAAUAGUAAAUACUGAUUAUCUGCUCUCAAAACCGAUUAGCAUUAUACUAGUAGAUUUGUUUGUUAGAUGAUUUAGUGUAUACUAGAAAAUUUAUUUCAGUGCACUAUGAAAUAUCCAUUAAUAUAGAUGUGAAUGUUGAAGACUGUUUCUAAAAUAUUGUCAUGAUACAUCAACUAGUUCUUCCAUGUAAAAUAGUUUUAGUGUAAUAUAAACUUAAGUAGAAAUGUAAAAAUCAUUUGAAUUGCUAUUCUCUAUGUUAAAAUGGUUUAAAAUGUAAGAAUUCCAUUUAUUGUGUUUAGAGCACUUUUUAUGUUUUAUUAUAAGCAUGAUAGAAAUGGGAGGGGAACAGUUACAGUGUUGUCCUCAGAAAUAGUGAUUUGUAGAAUUGAUGUGAUUUUUAAGACAUUAGAAAACUAAGUUGAAAGUGUUAUUUCUGCUUCAAUUUUUACUUUUGCAUAAAAGAUUUCUUGUCACACCUUGGUAAACUUUAGAUGAACUGGUUUCAUUUUCAAAGUGUUUAUUUUAAAAUAAAUAUGUAUCUUUAUAUGAUUUAUAAGUAUACCUGCAGGUAUAAAUACAUGUGUUCCUAAAAACAUUUUGUAUAUUUUCAUUUUUGAAUUACACUGUAGCUAAAUAUUGUUAUUAAAUCUCAAGAUAAUUUAAAUAUAUAAAAUAAGUAUCUCAGCUAUGUUAUCAAUAAAAAGGAUUGCAGGUAUUUUUUAAA